AUUUUGGGUGAAUCCUUACCUCAAAAUGCGUCUAGAAAAAGGAAGGUUCACAAAGGAUUUCGACGAUAUGCGUUAUUGGACAGACGAGUUCACCAGCAACUUUCAUAUGAACGCAGAGCAAUUUGACGAACUGUAUCGUCGAAUACGACAUAAACUUGAACCAAAAAGAUGGACUCGGGCUGAUUGCAUUAGCGCAAAACAUAAACUGGCGUAUACCGUUGAAUACCUUGCCGGUGGACCUUUCUUCGAGAAGUAUGGAGCAAGUAACUAUCGCAUUAGUUCCACUGAAAGUUCGAAAAUCUUGCGGGAGACUUGUCAGGCAAUUUACGAGGAACUAGCAGGAACUGAAUUCAUGGAAUUCUCAGCAAAGAACUGGUUGGGUGUGGCAAAUAACUUCCGUAGUAAAUGGAACAUGCCGAAUUGCGUCGGAGCCAUCGACGACAAGCACAUCCGCAUUAAAUGUCCCCCAAACGCAGGGUCAUUGUAUUACAAUUACAAACGUUACCACAGCAUCAUACUCUUGGCAGCAUGUGAUGCAGAUUAUCGUUUCACUUUUAUAGAUGUUGGAUCUCCUGGUGCGGAUGGCGAUAUGAAUGUUUUUGGAAGAACUAAAUUUGGCCAGGAUAUUCUGGAGGAUUGCGGUUUGUUGGAAUUACCACCUGAUGCCAGUGUGAAUGGGAUAGAUAUUCCAUUUUUCUUCGUUGGAGAUGAUGCAUUCCCACUUUCUUCUCGGAUAAUGAAGCCAUAUGGUACAGGAAGUGCGUUCUCCAAUGAACAAAAAAUUUUCAACUACAGACUUUCUCGAGCUCGCAGAACGAUUGAAAAUGCCUUUGGCUUACUAACAAUGAGGUGGGGCUGUCUGAGGUCCGAAUUUCUAUGCUAUCCGGACAAAGUUAAAGUUAUUGUGGGUGCUUGUUGUGCACUCCACAAUUUUCUUCUGAAAUCAUCUCAUUUUGAUCACGUUGAUCGAAUUGAGAACGGAGUUUUUAUUGAAGGAGAAUGGCGUCGUUUGAAUCAACUGGAUCAAAUUAAUUUACCAAGACGUGGACGUCCGAACGAAAUAGCAAGCAACAUACGGAAAAUACUCACAAACUUCUUUGCUGAAAUCGAUGUACUACCAUUCCAAAGCGAUCGUGCUCAUUGCAUUUGAGGAAUUGUGCACAAUAAGGGGUGUAUUAGCUUAGUCAAUAUAAAUAAUAAAUAAAUCAUAUACUGCA